AUGGGUUGGAAAUUUGGGACGACUUUGACUCACUUUUCUGUCUCUUCCCCCUCUCAAAAUUUCGGUUCGGCGGUCUCUAAUCUCCAUCUAAAUCCGCGGAAUCCGAAAGCCUCCGGAGUCAGUCCGGACAUUUAAUCCCUUAAUCCCGCAACAAUUCCCGGGAAAAAAAACUCAAGCUUUCCGUCCCUCCGCGUAUCUAUUUGUUUCUUUUGUACGCCGCGACUUUUGCUUCUUCAUUUUCCCUUGUUUUCUUUUGGAUUUUUUUACCAUUUUUCCACCAGCGUUGGAAUCGGAUUCCGAUGGGAACUCCGGAAUUCCCAGAUCUGGGGAAGCAUUGCACCGUCGAAGAUUGCAGGCAGAUCGAUUUCUUGCCCUUCACAUGCGAUCGCUGCAGCCAGGUGUUCUGUUUGGAGCACCGGAGCUACAUUAAACACAGUUGUCCAAAAGCUGACAAACAAGAUGUCACCGUUGUCGUCUGCCCACUGUGUGCUAAAGGAGUUCGUCUAAUUCCUGAUGAAGACCCCAACAUUAGUUGGGACACGCAUGUCAACACUGAUUGUGACCCAUCAAAUUAUGAGAAAGUAACAAAGAAGAAAAAAUGCCCUGUCCCUGGUUGCAGGGAGAUCCUAACAUUCUCAAACACAAUCAAGUGUAGGGACUGCUUGGUAAACCAUUGUUUGAAGCACAGGUUCGGACCCGACCACAAAUGUCCUGGACCGAAGAAACCAGAAACAGGUUUCCCAUUUAUGGGUCUUUUGAGUAGGAGUAGAAAAGAAGAAUCAAAACCCAACCGAGCUCCAACGUCAUCUUCCCCCAAGUGGGCUACAAGCUUUUUUAAUGCAGCUUCAACAGUUCGAGCUUCGGCCGAAGCAGGCAUGACAAGAUUGGGAAAUGAAAUUAGCCAAAAGUUGCAGAUCGCAAGGGAUGGUGUGGGGCAGAGCAGCAGCAGUGGGGGUGGAAUUGGACAAGAGGAGUGCCCACAGUGUGGUGUGAAGUUCUCCUCAGUUACAACUCUGGUGGAGCAUGUGGAGAAAGUCCAUGAGAAGAGUCGAGUGAAGAAGGUGACGAUUGAUGUCUGCCCAAAGUGUAGUAGAGGGUUUCGUGAUCCAGUGUCUCUUGUGGAGCAUGUUGAGAGGGAUCAUGGUGGUUCUUCAAGGGCUUAGCUUAACCACUUAGGUAUGGUUGUGAAAACAGGGAAGUAUACUUUCUGUGAAAUCUUAUUUCAUUUUGCUCAUUGCUCGGAUUCAAGACUCUGAAAAUGCAAAUAUCUUCUGAGCAUUCGAUCAAAUAUUGGACUUUUGAAAUUGCAAGUUUUAAUACAAAUUUCAAAAUGCUUUGUGAAGGAAUCACUUGUUUACAGACAAAUUGUAUUUGUACACUUAAUUGUUACUGGUGGCCCGUUUGCUUGUUAAGAGGAUAGAAAUUGU